UUUCCAUAUUCCCAAAUCUCAACUCAAUUGAUCUCUUCUUUUCUUCUCUGAGCACAUAAAUCGAAAAUUCGACGAAUCCGAAGUUGAUGAAAAUGAUCAGAAGACCGAUCGUCGACGGUGGAUACGUGUACGCCGAGGAGAAGCAUCUCACCGUCCGGAAGACCUCCCUUUUCUUCGCCGGCGACGGCUUCUCCGCCUACGAUUGCGCCGGCCGGCUCGUCUUCCGGGUUGACACUUACGGCCCCGAUGCCCGUGACCGGAGCGAAGUUGUCCUCAUGGACGCCGCCGGGAAAUGCCUCCUCACCGUCCGCCGGAAGAGGCCGAGUCUGCACAACCGGUGGGAGGGGUAUAAAGGGGAGAGGGCGGAGGGGCAGAAGCCGAUCUUCAGCGUGCGGCGGUCGUCGAUAAUCGGACGGUCGAGCGUGACGGUGGAGGUGUACAACAACCCAAGCGAAGAGUACACCAUCGAAGGGUCGUUCGCGCACCGGAGCUGCGCGAUAUACGGCGCCGACAAGGAACGUGUGGCGGAGAUUCGCCGGAAGGUGGACUUGUCGGCCAAUGUGGUGCUCGGUAAGGACGUGUUCUCGCUCGCACUCAAUCCCGGCUUCGAUGGGGCCUUCGCCAUGGGCUUGGUUCUCGUGCUGGACCAAAUCGACGGGGCCGAUUAUUUCAAUAACGAUGGGCCUGAUUCCCGGGUCAACGCGGAGCCCACCUUUGGUGAGACCACUAUUUCUCUUUAGUCAAAUACUCUCAAAAAAGAAUUUUCUUUUACACUACUUCGCUGAAUUUGAACACCUUUUUAUUGAACUUUAAUAUCGUGUGCUAAUAUAUUUUCGUCAUUUCU